AUGCAAAUAUUAGUAAAAACCCUGACCGGGAAAAGACAGUCGUUUAAUUUUGAACCAUCCAGUUCCGUAUUUCAAAUAAAGAUGGCAAUUGAGGAAAAGGAAGGAAUAGACGCAAAGCAGAUUCGGCUCAUCUACUCAGGGAAACAAAUGCAUGACGACAUGAAGCUCAGCGACUACAGAGUUGUGCCCGGCUCAACCAUUCACAUGAUUUUACAACUCAGAGGAGGAUAA